AUGGCGCAAGGUCGUCAGUCAACCCUAGGAAAGUUUCUUGGGAAGCAGCAGAAUGGCACAAAGCCAAAGUCUCAGUCGACGCUAUCGUUCAACGGCAAAGACUCCAAGAAGCCUAAGGCCGAGCCCGUCGAGAACGAUAUUGAUAUGAGGGAUGAGGUCCCCUCGAAUGGUCAUCCCACGAGUGACGCGGAGAGCGACCACUCCGCCUCCAAAAAGCACAGUCGCAGCCCCGUUGAGGAGGAAGAGGAGGAUUCGGACGAUCAACCUGUAGUGAAGAGGAAGCGGGUCACGGCUCCCAGGGAGCCUGCGCCGAAGCAAGCUACACCCAAACGGUCAUCAGUUGCGAAAACUUCCCCCAAACCCUCCAAGAAAUCUCCGUCACCAGCUGUGGAAGAAGUCUCGGAGGAGGAGGAAGAGGCCUUGGAAAGUGAGGAAGAGAAGCCGAAGACCAGCAAGAAACAGGCCGCAAGCAUUCAGGCUAUAGUCAAGAGUGCUGGUAAAGACCCAUAUCCGGACUGGAAAGCAGGUGAUCCCGUCCCUUAUGCCGCUCUCUGCACCACCUUCUCCCUGGUCGAGCUCACGACAAAGAGACUGCAAAUCAUUGCGUAUUGCUCAGCCUUCCUCCAGCAAGUCCUGCGACUCACUCCCAAUGACCUCCUACCAACCGUCAUGCUUAUGCUCAACAAGCUAGCGGCGGACUAUGCUGGUAUCGAAUUGGGCAUCGGUGAAUCUCUGAUCAUGAAAGCCAUCGGCGAAAGUUCUGGUCGCUCUUUGGCUGUCAUCAAGGAGGAUCACCGGAAGAUUGGGGACCUCGGUCUGGUUGCUGCGAAAAGCCGCUCCAAGCAAGGCCAGAUGUUCAAGCCAAAACCGUUGACAGUCCGCGGCGUUCAUGGGGGCCUACUCGAAAUCGCCAAAAUGGAAGGACACGGCUCACAAGAUCAAAAAGUCAAGGCCAUUAACAAGCUCAUGGCUUCGGCAGACGUUUCCUCGGCAAGUAAGGCCGUUGACAUUUCCAAAGACAAGGGCGGCCCUUCUGAGGCCAAGUUUCUGGUCCGCUUCUUAGAGGGUAAGCUGAGGUUGGGGUUGGCUGAGAAGACUGUCAUUGUUGGCCUUGCACAAGCGGUUGUCACUCACGAAACGGCCCAAAAGGGCAAUAAGUUGCCAUCUACCGAGCAGCUUGCAAAAGGCGAGUCUGCUCUCAAGCAAGUGUACAGCGAGCUCCCCUCUUACGAAGUCAUCAUUCCGGCCAUGCUUGAGCAUGGCAUAUCCGACCUUCACGAGUCUUGCAAACUUCAACCAGGAGUGCCUCUUAAGCCGAUGUUGGCUAAGCCGACCAAGUCCAUCACCGAGGUGCUUGACCGAUUCGAAGGCAAGAACUUCACCUGCGAGUACAAAUACGAUGGAGAACGAGCACAAAUUCACUACGUGGCGCCUGAAGCUGAGUCCAGCUACCCUACCGCCGAGAACACUUUGGUAAAGAACUCGAAAGCUUUCAAGGGACUUGCUUCGAUAUUCUCACGCAAUUCUGAAGACCUAUCUAAGAAGUAUCCUGACAUUCUCGAAAAGCUUGAUACCUGGAUCAAACCAACCACAACUUCAUUCGUCCUGGAUUGCGAGACUGUGGCGUGGGAUCCUCAAAACAAAAAGGUGUUGCCCUUCCAGCAGCUUAUGACCCGUAAGCGCAAAGAUGUCAAGACUUCUGAAGUUACAGUGAAGGUGUGUGUCUUUGCUUUCGAUAUGCUCUUCUACAACGGCGAGCCUCUUGUCAAGAAGUCUCUUCGCGAGAGGCGCGACCUGCUACACGAAGCAUUCCAGCCUAUCGAGGGCGAGUUUGCCUUUGCGCAGUAUGAUGACACAGCAGACAUUGAGGAGAUUCAAACUCUACUUGAUGAUUCGGUCAAAGCCUCUUGUGAAGGCUUGAUGGUCAAGAUGCUUGACACCGAUGAGUCUGGAUACGAGCCUUCCAAGCGCUCCCGAAACUGGCUCAAGGUCAAAAAGGACUACCUCUCUGGCAUAGGUGAUUCACUCGACUUGGUUGUCCUCGGUGCCUAUUACGGCAAAGGCAAACGCACUUCCUGGUACGGAGCUUUCCUCUUAGCAGCUUACAACCCCGAGACGCAGAUGUUCGAGUCCGUGUGCAACAUCGGCACCGGCUUCUCCGAGCAGCUCCUUGAGGAGCUCCACGAGGAGCUGUCCGAGAUUGUCAUCGACAAGCCAACAUCCGACUACUCGCACAGUAGCGUCAAGAAUGACCAGCCCGACGUGUGGUUCCAGGCCAAGUAUGUCUGGGAGGUUAAGACUGCUGACCUCACCCUCAGCCCGCGGUACAGAGCGGCAAUCGAGGAGAUGGGACUCGGCAAAGGCGUCUCCCUCCGCUUCCCGCGUUUCAUCAAGAAGAGAGACGAUAAGAAGCCCGAGCAAGCCACCAGCAGUGACCAGAUUAAGGAGAUGUACCAGGCGCAAGAGGCGGUGACGAAAGAGCAGAAGACCGGCGUGGAUGAUGAGUUUGAGUACUAG